UUUUUAUCCUAAACUCAAAAGUCCAAACCCAACGCAUCACUCUUCUUCCCACUUCAAAAUUGAGUGCAAAGGGAUGAAUGUAAUGGGAGUAGGGGCAGCUAAUUGGUUAAAGGGAAGUGGCACAUUAUUACUUUCUCGCCACACAAAUUCAAUUACUGCUAUUGCUUCACGCUCAAGGCCAAGUUAUUGUUCCUCCUCAUUAUUGCACCAUAAAAAUAACAAUAAUAAUACCAUUUUCAGCACCAAUUGUCAGAAGAUUGGUCACUGGAACAAUCAUAACACAAAAUUAUGCUUCAAUUUCUAUUGUACGACGCCGUCAAAUGUGAGUGUAACAGAACAAGAUUCUUCAUUAGAGGAAGAUGAGGAGACUAAGCUGAGGAAGAUUAAGGAUGCGGCUAAUACAUUGGACAUUAGGGUUGGGCGAAUACUUAAGGCCUGGAGACACGACGAGGCUGAUUCGCUUUAUGUUGAAGAGGUUGAUGUUGGUGAGGCUGAGCCCAGAAUUAUAUGUAGUGGGCUUGUUAAAUAUGUGCCUCUUGACCAUCUUCAGGAAAGGAAUGUGAUUGUUCUUGCAAAUUUAAAGCCAAGGAAUAUGCGUGGUGUCAAGUCAAAUGGAAUGCUGAUGGCAGCAUCUGAUGCAUCUCAUGAGAACGUGGAACUUCUUGAGCCGCCUGAAGGCUCAGUACCUGGGGAAAGGAUAUGGUUUGGUUCUGCUGAUGAAAAGGAGAAUCUCCCUGAGGUGGCAACGCCCAACCAGGUAGCGAAGAAAAAGAUUUGGGAGCUAGUACAACCACAUCUAAAAACAGAUGGCGCUUGCGUUGCUGCACUAGGAAUACAUUCUAUGCGAACUUCAACAGGUGUGGUGGUCAGCGGAUCUCUUAAGGAUGCAACAAUAUCAUAAUUAUAUCCUAAAGUUCAUGCAGUUCUCUUAACAUCCUGCACGUUAUGUUCCUAUCUGCCAUUCAUUGUUAUCAUCUGUUCUAAAGGUUCAUGGUCUUCUCUAUUUUACUAAAUAAAUCUGUCUCCCUGUUUGGAAGAGUGAAAAUGCUAGAGAAGGUUGGAGAGACUUUGGACCAUUUCCUUGGGUUGAGAUGGGAGAAUGAGAAGUAAAAAAUUUGGGUUAUCCUUGUUCUGGAAAGAAAACUUGUGGGCUCAACAGAGAUAUUUCUCUUCCUUUUCCAUUUAACCAAUUUGCUUGCCAAGUGAGGAAAAUUUUAAAUCAUUAAUAAGCUAUUAUGUUCAAGGCUUGUCGAGGACUGGGAGCAUAUACAAAUAGCAUUAUAUA